CAGUCGUCGAAUCGUCGCCGAGCGAAAACUGAAGGAAUGGAAGAAAUUAGCAGUCAAAACUCAGAUUUGGGGCUAGAGGGUCUGGACAAAUUAGAAGCAAAAGGUCAGGCGGAAAAUACAAAGAGAGCCACUUCGUGGGGGAUCAAAAAAUUCGAGAAAUGGUGCAACAAACGAAAGCUGAAAGUUGACUUCAAUUGUGUAACACCGGUUGAGCUAAAUGAAUUACUGCGGAAAUUCUACGCUGAAGUUAAAUCGGAAAAAGGCCAACCGCUAACACCAAGUACUCUAACUGGCAUUCAAGCGGCUAUCCAUCGACAAUUGACUUCAGCUCCGAUAAGCAGGAGUAUCAACAUUAUGCAAGACAGCGAAUUUCUUUCAGCGAACAAAAUGUUUGAAGCCAAGUGCAAGCUGUAUCCAAAAGAG